GGCGAUUGACGGACCUACAACAUCUUGCUGCUAGACGAGAGUGCUCACAAGCAGUACACCUGAAAUCUGAAUAGGAGGAGAAGGAUUGUGGUUGCUGUAUCAAGGUGCCGCCGCAUCAGAACCUUCAGAGAUGACUGGAUGUCACAUGGUUGUAGAUCGAACCUUGGAAGUCGCCCUGGCAGGGACGAGUGCACGAGCAUAACCCAAUUCACUUCAAUCAGAGAAUAGAGAGCUCACCAGCUCACCAAGCAGAAAUUAACAACCGCCGAACAAGAGCAAUAGAGGUCUCCCAUCGAUGACUAUUGGAGCAAUGACGCUAGCCACUUUCGGCAAUGGACGGAAGGGGAGGAAGAAGCAUAAGAGCGACAAACCGACGAACUCAUACAUGCAACACGAAAAUCAGUCGAUAUCACCUCUUCCGGCCCAUUCUUUACAACAGGAACAAUCGUUCCCACAAUAUGGCUCCCGUCCGCCCUACCCUCCUCACCCAUGUUACCCAACCUACAUGUAUUCCACGGAAGCAACACCAUCAACACCAUCCACGCUACCAGCCUCAAAGUCCCGGGCCAACCUCCGAGAAACUUUAUCUGCCCAAGCAGGUAAAAGCGUCACCCGGCUGAUUUCAAAGACCUCACAGUAUCUCGAUCCACACCAGAGCAGUUGCCAAACCGUGAACCAGGCCGCCGCGUUAUGCGAUCUGAUCAGCUCGAAGCUGGACACAAUCAUUACCAGUAUUGAUGAAGAGCGUUUCAGCGGUAGAGAGAACGAUCUCUUUAUCUACGAUAUCCCUGAACCAUACUCCUCGCAAGCUACGACUUCCCCCGAAACAACACGGAGAUUCCUUUCACCAAACACGGCAUAUCCCAGUUCAGCCGGAAGAAAAGGCUCAAAUCACUUCUCCAAAGUAUGGCUAUACGCCAACUCUCGUCUUCCCCCUCACCUUCCACCCUUCAAAGUCUACCUUCCCACUUGGCCCCUCCUCUGCCUGGCCGCCACCCACUCCCUCCGCGUCUACUCCACCCCAGCCACCCCGACACCUUCAGCAUCCCCCCACCCCCUAUCCCACGAAACCCACAUCCCCAGCAACUGGCGCUCCGGCACCAAAGCCAUAACCCUCACCUCCCUCCCCCUGGACUCCAUGCACACCAUCAUCUUCUCCAUCCGCGGCUCCGCCACCUUCAUGGACUGGGCCGUAAACUCCAAAUCCGCACCCACCAGCCCCCAAGGCUUCCUCGACGACGACGGAAACCUCUGCCACGAGGGCUUCCUGCACGUAGCCCGGAAAAUGGUACCCCUAGCCGCCGAACGUCUGCGGACAUUACUCCAAGAGAAUCCAUGCCGCAAAGAAGCGAGUCUCCUCAUCACGGGCCACAGUGCCGGCGGCGCAGUCGCCGCGCUCCUCUACGCGCACAUGCUGAGUCGGCACGUCCAGUCCGAACUUAGCUACUUAACGGGGUUCUUCAAAAGGGUGCACUGCGUGACGUUCGGCGCACCCCCGAUUAGUCUCCUGCCGCUGCAGAAACCGGACGAGAAGAGGUAUAGGAAGAGCAUGUUUUUCAGCUUCGUGAAUGAGGGGGAUCCCGUGCCGAGGGCGGAUAGAAGCGUGGUGGGCAGUUUGCUGAGGUUGUAUGCUUCGCCUGCUCCGACGGCGGGGUCGGCGACUGUGGGGACUUUGUAUACGCAGACGGUGGCGUCGUUGUCGAAGUUGAGUUUGUCGGGGGGAGGUUCGGAUGCGACAAAGACGGCAGAGUCGAAGCACUUGACGCAUUCGACGGCUGCCCCGCCGAUCUGGGAUAUUCCGCCCACCACGCUCAGCGUGGCCGGCCGCAUCGUCGUUCUCCGAGAGAGGCCUCGGCGCUCACAGCAGCACCAUCGUCGUCUUCGAGGUUUCUUCCACUCGCAGUCUCAGUCUCAGUCUCAGUCUCAGUCUCAGUCUCAGUCCCAAUCGCAAGAGCCGGUCUCUCUGCACGAGGAUGAAGAUAUUGAAGCCGUGACGGUAGAUGAUCAGUUGCUGAGGACGGUCGUGUAUGGGGAUCCACUGAGGCAUAUGAUGAGCUUGUAUAAGAGGCGGAUUGAGGUUCUGGCUACGAGGGCGGUUACGGUGGGAGGGUGAUGGUGGUAGCAAGGGGAAUGGUGGAAAGGAAAAACGAAUGGUCUUAGGAGUCUAAAUGGUGAUUCUACCGCUCCGGUAGUAUUGUGAUUUGAAUGAUGUAUGAUGCUUUGGGCGAUUAUGAGUUUACGUUUCCAGAAGCAAGUUGAUAUAAUAUCACGGGGUUUGGAGCUGGCAUGAGGCGCAGAGGAGUUGAAGGAUAAAGGGAUAGUACAUAUGUAUUGCUAUUGUACACUUUGCAGUCUGAUAUUCGCCAUCUAUACGCAGGG